AUGAAGAACCAACUUUUCUCUAGUGAUGAAGAUCAAACUGAGUCACUAAAUUCACCCUUCUGCUGGUGGAGAUCAGCACCAGAAGUGAAUGAAAAUGGCCAUUUCAACGUGGACAUUUCUGAUCUCUCAAACCUCACACCCAGACUCAAAGUCCUCAGAGAAAUGGAGAGGUUGGCCUUGAUUGCUCCUGAAGGGCUCGUCGAUCUUCGCCAUAAACUCAUAAACUACCGGUCCGGCGACCUUUGGUUGCCUGUUGGUGGAAUCAAGAAAGAAGAAAUUGAUAUACCUCCGAUCAUCACCCUUCUUCUUGUGGGUCUCUCUGGUUCUGGCAAAAGCUCCCUUGUCAACUUGAUGUACUGCGUUCUGAGUCGUUCUGGUCUCAUCCCUUUCGCUCAAACAUCAAGUAUGUUGUGA